UUAAAAUAAUAAUCGGUCGAGUUUUGAAAACCACUAAUUUGUGAUGUGUUGUCUAGCUUAAUUUAAAUCAUUUUUUCGUAUAAACUUGUAUCUUAGUCUGAACAGGUUUUUCUUAUUAGCUGUUUUAUUAUGAAGAUGAUUCCUUAGCUGUACAUACGUAAACGAACAACGCACUUAGUCCGACGCGGACGCAUCUCUUGCACGUUAUAUUUUUUAGUAUAAUUAUAAUGAAGACAAUAUACUUGACAUUGUGUGUAGUACUAGUGAGUUAUGAGUGCAAUGGAAGUCUGAUAGAAGGUAUUUUGCAUGGAGCUCACGAUGUCGCUGGUGCUUUUUUGGGAGGUGUAUCGCAAGUAUUAAAUCGCCGGCCACCGUAUGGAGGACCGAAGCCAGGUAAUCCCACAGAAACUGUUGUAGUCGUUGUGGAAGACUCAGACUCGGGACCGCCGGGACCCCCUGGACCACCCUAUGUACGGCCGGGUAACGAUGUCGGACCACCCGGACCCAACGGAUACGGCCCUCCCGGACAUAACAAUAAUAACCGUCCACCACACAACCACAACCCUUACCACCACGGACACGGAAAUAAAAUCCCGAAUAACAAUUAUCAGAACGGCAAUGGUAACUGGGACACAAAUAAUCAAUAUGGAAACGGGAAUAACCAACAAGGACCGUGGAACCAAAACGGGCAAGGUAACAACAACUUUAACAGGCCUAACUAUGGCAAUCCGAACAAUCAGUAUGGCAAUAAUAACAACCAAUUUGAGCACCCGAACAACCAAAACGGUAACCCUAACAACCAGUUCGGAAAUCCCAACAACCAAUUUGGAAAGCCAAACAACCAAAAUGGAUACAAUAACAACCAGUUCGGAAACCCUACCAACCAAUAUGGGAAGCCAAACAAUCAAAACGGCAACGCCAACAAUCAAUAUGGGAAUCAAAACAAUCAGAACGGCAACCCUAACAACCAGUUUGGAAAUCCCAACAGUCAAUUUGGAAACCCGAAUAACCAGAAUGGUAACCCCAACAACCAGUUUGGAAACUCGAAUAACCAAUUUGGAAAUCCCAACAAUCAGUUUAAUAACCCAAAUAACAAUUUUGGAAACCCGAACAACCAAUUUGGAAACCCAAAUCAAAAUCAAAACAACAAUGGUUUUAAUAAUCGACCCCCUUCUGAGCAGACUACGGAAUUCACAACUAAGGCCCCUAUCCCGACAACUCAAAAACCGAAAAAGGAAAAAACAACAACAACACUACGGCCUGAAGAAGAAGUGUAUCCUCUUUUCGUGCCACUUGGCGGCAACGAAUACAUCUAUAGUGGUGACAAAAUUGAAGUCAAUGCCCCCAAAAGAGAGACUAACAGUAAACCAAUACCGGCGGAGGACAAUGACGAAGAUUUGGCACUAGAUAUCAGGAUAGACAACCCGUAAACAAACCAGUUACUGACAAACUGAUACACGAAUGCGUAAUCAUAAUAGUUAAAGUGUUUUAAACCGUAAUAAAUGCUCAAUGACGACAUUUGUCCGUGUUUAAAAAUAGCCUAUUAACAACUUAAUAAAUUAAUAUUAAUUAA